CGCUUUUUUCAAAGCACGACGAACAGAAUGCUUCAAUUUAGCGUUCUUAGUAGGCUGUGAAAUGAAUAAAUCGACAAUUAAGAUCAAAUAUUUGACAAUUGCCUAUAAAAGUAGCAAUUGAACUUCAACCAAAGUGUUCAAAAUGAGUAAAACUCUCAGGCUCGAAGCAAUGAUAAAAGAAUUGGGUUUAAACGACAAUACCCAAGAAAAAGUAACAAACGACGUGAAGAAGCUGUUUUUGAAGAAGCUGAUUUGCCUCAAAAAAUUGUCGGUGCUUUUAAGCGCGAUCAAAGAAAAACGCGAAACUUUGAUGCCAAAAAACGCUUUAACCGAAAUAAUCUCCGACAAUGUAUGCAAUUCAGAAGAAUAUGUGUUAAUUAACACCGUAGAACUUGAUGAGCAUUUCCAACGAGAAAUAGCUGAAGGAGAAAUUGACAUCAACAGAGCGAUAUUGCAGAUGCUGCGAGACUGUCUUCUCUAUAUCAUAAAUCUUCUACGAGGAGAACUGGAAACUUUAAAUGUGAAUGAAUUUUUUGAUUAUUUCAAUAUUGCAAAAACGUGUAUCUUCACAUUGACUACCACUAAUAUUCAACCGAGUACUAGCGAAAAUACACAACAGCUAGUUACGCAUUGGAUUUAUGAUUUAUUUAAGAUUAUCACAGCAGCAGACAACAUUCCUGGGCAGAAAAUCCCUAAAGAUUUCAAAGCCAUAAACGUAGUACAACAAAUCCUAACUCAACUUGCCCAUUGCCACAUCUAUUACGACAUCAUUCUGCAGACAAUAUUGGAAAAACUUGAAUGUUCCUUAACGUACAAACUCAAACCGGAAUUUAGUGACUACAUGGCAACUCAAUCAUCGGUUUUUGCGUAUUUGCUGUGGACACUGCAGGACGUAAUUAACAUCGAACAGAGGCCCAAGUUAACCGAAGAACAGAUAAGAAUCCGGACAACCUUAGAAACCUUAACACAAUGCCUGCAGCACAAAUUUCUAAGGCAAAUCAUCCAGGAUAUACUGGAGUCCUUUUAACUUUGAAAGCUGCAAAAGCCAAGAAGUUACGGGUUAACGUUUUAGUUUCGUUGGAUAACGUCCAUCGUUCGUUUAAUUAUUGUUUAUCAAUUGUAAAAUAGCAUUUAUUUAGUAUUGAAUUAAAUGGUUUCUGUUUCACUGAAGCGAACCAAGAAUCGUAUCCAUGCAUUGAAACGAACUUUGAGUAUUAAACAAGACACAGUUGGAAUAGAGGCCAGUUAUUGGAAAUCAAAGAGUUAAUCGACAAUUACAACAUAUUAUAUUUAGCUUCUCAACAAUAUAAACUUCUAUAAUUAG